UAUACAGAAUUUAUUGAAUUAUUUGUGCUUUAAAAAUAGUCUAGAAUGUGUUUUUAACAAACCCUCUGUUUGUUACACUUAACUCCACCUGUAAAAGCCAAUUUGUCUUUGUAAAGGUGUCCACUAGGGGUCACGCUUGUAUAAUGAGUCAAUAUAGGUAGGAACCUUCCUUCAGGUGAUCGUGUUCCUGGAGGAAGGUUCACACUGCACACGGUUUUUCGACCGUUACAGGCCCUGUCCCAAAUGGCGCACUUCAUGUGGACUUUCGGUCUCGUGGCCUUAAAUUGCGCGUGCUCGCUUAAGCCGAAAGUAUACUAGGGACGUCCGCGUAUGCGCGCCGUCCGCAUGACGUCAUUUUUGUCAUCAAGAGGGUCCGCGGCCAGCCCAAAAAUUGAGACCGCGCGGACAGUGCGCCUACAGUCCGCGUACAACAGCGCAUGCGCGUGGAAAUAUUUAGACAGGGCACUCCACUAUAAACAAUUAUACAAAGGAAAUAGACAGCAUUUGCACACACACUAUCGUUUUUCUUCUUUAACUUUUACUUCUUCCAAGAAUAGAAAGCCCUGGAGCAUGUUUGUUUGAUUCCUGUUCUUUGUUGUCUUGUUGUUUAUUCUAAACUGUGUUUGCAAUGGUGGAUCAGUUACUUUUCUUCACCUAUCCUAAUGUUUUAAUGUACUGUAAAUGUCGCCAAAUCAGUGCUGCCCUGACAGCCUGUUAGACUAAUAAUUUGAAUAAGAAAUCAUUUGUAUUGCGUAGGUGUCGAACGCGGCCGUCCGCGUGUAGCCGCGGGGAGUAUACUCGAAAAGCUGCGCGGACGUGUGCGCGCGCGAGCCGGACGCGGAAAAAAGGUAUACCCUGGCCUUUAGUCUACGAGUCCGUAGGGUGUCCCAUCUGUCAUUUUUACGCUUUGAAGUGUGCUCAUCAGCGCCUCCUUUGCCCCCUUGAUGCGGUCUUCAGCGAAGCCCGCACUGCAGCAGGCUUCGCGCACUUUACCAACCCAGAAGUCCUUGCGAAAGAGCAAUCAGACCUAUCAGACGACGGAAGGGAGGAGCUCACACUGACGGGCAACUUCUCUACCUAUUUCAGGUGUGACGCUCGAGUCUGUCCCAAAAUACGACUCCGUUGCACCCACGUGGACUCGCAUUAAGGGUCCCUAAAGUCUGGACUACGUGGUGUCAUCAAAGUGUGGACUCUGAGGAGGACCACAAGUCCGGAGUGUGCCAUUUGGGACAGGACCACACUGCAAAACAUGAUUUUCUUCGUAUUUUUAUCUUUAAAAAAAUCUUAACCAAAAUGUAUUUUCUUGAAGCGCCAUCUAGUGGGUGUUGCUAAAAACGAAUCAGAGUUUCCCCUUCUUGUUCUUCUAUACUCUUUGCUACAGAGCUUUGACGACUCUGUCAUAACAAAACCCUCCCGUUUUAUACUGUAGCAACUUGCCAUUGCCUCCUCAUGCCUGUAUCACUGGGAAACCUUCAAAUGUGAAGAAAAAAACAGUGAGAGAUCAUGAGAGAGAGAGAGAGUACCAGUUCCCAACGAACAUUGACAUAAUAUUAUAAAUAAUAACGUAAAAUAACCAAAAUCAUUGUUCAAUCUUACUUGUGAAAUGUAAUCCCAUGUGAUCUGGAAUCAAUACUGCGCCGGUUAUUGCAACCGUAAGCUGCACAAAAUACGCCGUAUAUAGCACCAGAGUCAAUCGGAGUUAACGGUAAUACGGGCAUCUUUGCUUUUCCGUUAACUCCGAUUGAUUCUGGUGGUAGCGUACAGUGAGGAGACCCAUCCAAUAUGGCGCCGAUGCUUGAUGGGUUCCAGCACGUCAUGAGGUGUCUAUGUAUAUUAUGUCUAUGGUUUUAAGCACACAUUCACUUGAAUUGUAUAUUUUUAAUUAAGUGGGCCUAUUCAUUUAUUUGUAAAUGCAGAAGGAGGAGCAAUGUAGUAAACCGCAAGUUAGGCUACACGACGGCCCCCCCUUAUGAAUUAAUUAUUAAGACAAGAUAUCUACAGCCAAAUAUUAAUUUUUAAAUUGAAAAUAACUAUUUAAUUUAAAGCACAUUUUUUAGGCUUGAUAAGUGCAAAUGUACGGGCCCUUGGGUCAGUGCGGUGUCUUAAUGAAGUAAAAGUGAAAUAGUAUUUGUGGACCUGUAGCUGCACAAAACAAAUUACAUAUACAGAAGGCAUUGCAUAUUAGUAGGGCAUUUUUAAUAGUAUGUCAAUUUAAGUGGGUAUAAAAAUACCAAAGAAAAACAUUUAAACUCACACAGCGCCAACGAAAUGUCUGAAAUCUUCAUCUCAGCACAUGAGCAUCAUGUUUAUAAUGCUCUCUUAACUCUUGUUUUCGUUGACUAAUGCCAUGCGUGUCAUAGAUCAUAAUGCCAAAAUACGAUGCUAACUGUUUAUAAUGUGUUGUUUGUUUGAUCUGUUCAGUUGUACGACAGAACACAAUUUUGUCUACUUCAGCUUUGGGGCUCGUGACUGGCAGCGGUGCACGAAAUGCUCAACGGAGGUUGAGCAUCUCUACACCUGCAGCCAGUGACGUGAUGUUUGCUCUUCCUGGUGCUGUAGCGGGUGAUGAAUGUAGCCCAGAAGUUGUAAGACAAACUACUAUGUUGUCUACAUCAGGUCAUGGGCUCGUGACUGGCAGUGGUACACGUGAUGUUCAACGGAGGUUGAGCAACACUAUUCCUACAGCCAGUCACAUAUUUGCCCUUCCCGGGGCUGUGGAGGAUGAAGAGUGGAGCUCAGAAGCUUAUGGACUCAUGAUCGGCAGUGGAGAACGAGGCGCUCAACAGAGGUUGUCUGUCUCUUCAUCUGCAGCUGAUCGAGAGUCCAUUGUGUCUUCUGGGGCUUCAGUGCACCACACAAUAGACACGGUGGAGAGAAGUACAGUAGAGCAAAAAAAGAAAGGGAAGGAGGGGAAGAUAAAAGCAAGAAUGGCGGCUAUCCGUUCUUUCCUCCGAAAAUCAGGCCAAUCUAUAAUUCAGACAUUCUGUGUCUGCCAUAAUGAGGAAGACUUGGAUCCAUCUGACCCACCUGAUCCAUCUGAUCCUCAGCCAGGUCCAUCCGGCCUGGAGCCAUGUGCCCGUAGAGAUCAUGCCGAUCUACUCAAGCCAACGGGCUAUCACGAACCAGACUAUUGCCUGUCUGGUUCUUAUACCUUGGACAAAACUGAAAUCCAAGAAGAGACUGGUCCCAAACAUGAUGGUCCCUUCGACCAGGAGCUCCGUGCUCAACCGGAUCAGACUUCUAGUCAGUCAUGCCUUUUUGGCCUGCAGAGGGCUCGUGAAGACAAUCGGCAAUAUAGUCCCUUCGGACUUGAGUCGACGAGCUAUGAAGGGCAAAACAAAUGCCUGUUUCGUUCAUUGAAUACCUUGGAUACAACUGAUAUCCAAGAAGAGACUGGUCCCAAACAUGAUGGUCCCUUCGACCUGGAGCUCCGUGCUCAACCGGAUCAGACUUCUAGUCAGUCAUGCCUUUUUGGCCUGCAGAGGGCUCGUGAAGACAAUCGGCAAUAUAGUCCCUUCGGACUUGAGUCGACGAGCUAUGAAGGGCGAAACAAAUGCCUGUUUCGUUCAUUGAAUACCUUGGAUACAACUGAUAUCCAAGAAGAGACUGGUCCCAAACAUGAUGGUCCCUUCGACCAGGAGCUUCGUGCUCAACCGGAUCAGACUUCUAGUCAGUCAUGCCUUUUUGGCCUGCAGAGGACUCGUGAAGACAAUCGGCAAUAUAGUCCCUUCGGACUUGAGCCGGCGAGCUGUAACUCACCAGUGAAAUGCCUCUCUGGUUCAUGUUCCUUGGACACAACUGAAAUCCAAGAAGAGACUGGUCCCAAAAAUGAUGGUCCCUUCGACCAAGAGCCCCAUGCUCAACCGGAUCAGACUACUAGUCAGCCAGGCCCAUCCGGCCUGCAGAGGGCUCGUGAAGAUAAUCUGCAGUAUAGUCCCUUCGGAGUCGAGCCAACAAGCUAUAAAACACCAGUCUUUUGCCAGACUAGUUUAUUUACAUCAAAGCAAACAGAUCGUCAAGGUCCAGCUAAACCUGAACAUCAUCCAUGCUCCGAACAGGAGAAAAGUGAUGAAGCUGAAGCUGACCCUGAACCAUCUGACCUGCAGUUAAAUUACCGGCCUGGAAGAAUAUUUAAAUUACAUUAUGAAAUGGGAAGACAUAUAGGAAGAGGUGCCUUUGGUAAUGUUUAUGAAGGAAGACGCCUGUCUGAUAACAAAAAGGUCGCCAUCAAAACAAUCGAUAAGUCGUUUAGGAACCGGUACAUCGAACUUCCUGAUCACAAAAGCGAUUUGCUUGCAGAAGUGGCUAUAAAUCUGCUUUUACUCAAACCGAAGAAAAGCCCACACAUUGUGGAAAUGUUGGACUGGUUUACUGAAGAUCAUGAGCACAUCCUGGUUUUAGAGUAUCCGGAUCCCUGCGUGACCCUGACGAAGUUUAUAAGAGACAAUGGUUGCCUCUCUGAAGAGCUGGCACGUGAUUUUAUGCGGCAAGCGAUCCUCGGUGCUAAAGACUGCUUUAGGCGCGGUGUCUACCAUGGUGACAUAAAGCUUGAUAACAUCCUGAUCAAUACAGACACGAUGAAGCUCAAGUUAAUCGACUUUGGAGUCAGCCAACUUACGGAAGCUUGUACCGUUUAUGGCGUGGACAAAAGGAAGCAAGGACCUUGUGUUGCAAAGACGAUCUGUUCUUUUGGUGUUUUACUUUACAAAAUGCUGCAUGGAGACGAGCUGUCUAAACCCUAUUAUGAAUUCACCAAAAGUUAUCGGUCUAGAAGUUCAUCCAAAGAGUUUGAAGAAUUCAUGGAUCUGUGUUUUCAGAAUUAUAAAAGAGGCAGAAAGAGAAAGCCAAAAUUAGAUGAUCUCUUAAAACACCCAUGGAUGAUGAAAAAAUAAAUAUUGAGUUUAUAUUUUUAUGAAAAUGUUAUUUAUUCAUUCAUUGAUGA